AUGGCUCCCAACGCAGCAGCUGCUAAGGUGGUGGGGCAGGUGGCCACCGACAUGGAGUUGGAGGUGAGCUCUGGAGGAAAGACCUCGACCGUGCAGCUCCUCUCCUUGCGCGAGCCUGGCCAGGCGUUGGUGGUGGACUUCUUCGCGCCCUGGUGCAAGGCCUGCCCUGCAGCCGCCAAGAAGCUCGAGGAGCUGGCAGAGAGCUACAACGACCGCUGCAAGUUCGUGCUGGUCUGCGUGGAUGGCGGCGCAGACGAGGCUCGGGCCUUUGCGGAGGAACAUGGCAUCCGGCGGUGCGUGGCUGCUUCCGUGGUAGACGAGGAUGCGCCGCAGGACUACGGCGUCUCUGGUUUGCCUCACCACACCGUGAUCGGACCGGACGGCAAGGUCUUCAGGAACUACGAGGUCGACUUGCCCAAGGAUCUCGAGUCGCUCUUUUCUACUGGCGAGGCCGAAGAGCAACUGGUGCCAAAGAAGAGCCGCGUCUCGGACGAGUUCAAGCGGCUGGAGAAGGAAGAUCCCAUCCUCAAGGAGAACCCGCAGCGAUGGGUGAUGUUCCCGUUGAAGUACACGGAGGUUUGGGAGAUGUACAAGAAGCACGAGGCUUCGUUCUGGACAGCCGAGGAGAUCGACCUGGCGCAGGACAACAAAGACUGGGCCAACUUGAACGAGGGCGAACAGCACUUCGUGAAGCACGUUCUGGCCUUCUUUGCCGCCUCCGAUGGCAUCGUCUUGGAGAACUUGGCGGCGCAGUUCUCAUCGGAAGUGCAGAUUCCGGAGGCGAGGGCCUUCUAUGGCUUCCAGAUGGCCAUGGAGAACAUCCACUCAGAGACCUACUCUCUUCUGAUCGAGCAGUACAUCAAGGACCCCAAGGAGCGAGACGUCCUCUUCGAUGCCAUCCACACGAUGCCGGCGGUCCGGGAGAAGGCUCAGUGGGCCAUCCAGUGGAUGAACCGCGAGAGCAGCUUUGCUGAGCGCAUCGUGGCCUUCGCGGCCGUGGAGGGAAUUCUCUUCAGCGGCUCCUUCUGCGCUAUCUUCUGGCUCAAGAAGAGAGGAAUGAUGCCAGGGCUGACUUUCUCGAAUGAGCUGAUCUCGCGGGACGAAGGCCUCCAUGCAGACUUCGCAUGCCUCAUCUACCAGAUGUUGCAGCACAAGCUUCCAGAGGAAAUCGUGCACGACAUCAUCCGCGGCGCGGUGGAGGUGGAGCGAAAGUUCAUCUGCGAUGCGUUGUCCUGCGACUUAGUCGGCAUGAACAAGGGCGUCGUUCCCCUUCAUUCGUCUGCCAAAGACACGAUGCGAUAUGUGGCGGUGCUGGCGCAGAUGGUUUGGCUGUCUGGAGCAGUGCGCACAAACGACAGCCAGAAGGAUUUGAUGCAGACCGAGUCGCUUUAUGGAGACAUCAACGAAAUCAAAGGUCUGAAGGACAGGAGUUUGGGUGAUGCGCGGAAACAGCUUACAAGGCCUAACGAUGAGGCGGAAAGGGCCCUGGAUCAGCUUGAGCAUCUCAUGAAGAAAGUCGCAUAUUCCCGUGGCGAUGCGAAUCUAUGGAAGAUGCCUCUGGCCCAAGCCGUGCAAACACGUGGCAACGAUGGCAAGACACUGCUCCAUGAGGCAUCGGAAGGUGCCUGGCAGGGCGAUCUGUUGCUGAAGGCGCUUGUUCUCCUGGGCCUCGAUGUCAAUUCACGCGACGCCUUGGGCCGAACGCCGCUCUGCCAUGCUGCCGCUUCGUGCCCCACCAGUUCCUCUGUUGGACUUGCCAUCAAAGCGCUCAUUGCCUUGGGUGCAGACAAACACAUCGCCUGCAACGGAAAGAUUCCCGGAGAAGCGGCCCAGGUUGCCAUGAAUCAUUUCUGGAGGUACUCGCAAAUGAGGGAACGUUGCAGAGAAGUAGUUCUGUUCUUUAAGCAUGGAUAUUAG